AUGCCUGAACCACAGCAGUCACAAUUAAAGCAUGAUAAAAAAUCACUUUAUUCAUGUCUUUUUGUUAAUAAAACUUGGUGUGAAACAGUGGUACCUAUUUUAUGGGAAAAUCCUGGUCAAUAUCACAGUUAUAGCAGUUCAAUGAAUAAAUUAUUUAAGACAAUAAUUUUACAUUUAUCGGAAGAAUCAAGAGAUAAUUUAGGAAUUGAUAUUAAUAGUAUCACAGAAACAUAUCAACGUCCUUUAUUUAAUUACAUUGAUUACUGGAAGUUUUUAGAUAUAUCUUUUAUAGAAGAUUUAAUUUUUGGAAGAAGAAUUAUUAAAAAUUCCAGCGCGUCUGUUACAAAAAAUGAAAUAUUAAAGUUAUUUAUUAAUAAAAAUAGAAAUACAAAAUUUAAUCAUCUUUUUAUCCAAGAUAAAUAUAAAAAAUAUUAUGAUUAUCAAUUACAUCAUAUUUCAGGGGCCGAACAUUGCUUUUCAAAUCUUGAAUCCUUUUACUGCCAAGGUGAUGUUGAUCAAAAUGUUAUGAAAACUCAUCGAGCUCCAUCUAAAAGUUUAGUAAAUUUAAUUGAAAGCACAAAAGGGCAUCUUACUGUAAUUGAUAUAACUUAUAAUGGUAUUGAUAAUGAAAGGCUUAUUCAAGCAAUAUAUCAAAAUUGUCCAAAUCUUAGAUAUCUUAAAAUAUCAUUAAUGAAUAAUACUAAUUCACUUAUUUCAGAAUUUGAAAAUUUAUUAAUUAAUUGUAAAUUAUUAAUUGAAUUAAUUAUUGAAAUAUAUGAUAGAUAUAUUAAUUUAUUUAGUUGGGAUAAAUUGUUUAUUAUAUUAGCUAAGUCAGCACCAAUUGGUUUAUUUAAAUUUAAGUUUCAUUCCAAGAGAUUUGAAUUGGAAGAUUUUAAAUUAUUUUUUGACAAUUGGAAAAAUAGGAAUCCUAUACUGUUAACAAUAGGAUACAAUCCUUUUUCUAUUAACCUGAAAGAAUAUCAUCAAUUAAUAGAUUUAUUUGAAAAAUAUAAAGUGAAGGAGAUAAUUAAAAAAUACUUCAUUAGUUGUCUUUGAAUGGAAUUAAAAAAAAAUUCUUGAUUUAGAUU